AAGCCGACGUCAUGUGUAGGCGUGGCGUGUGACAGCGUGCCGGGUGUGCCUUGAGAAACCCACAGCAGAACAGUAAAUCCAGUCUGGCCACCACGUUAACGUUUUAGUGGAAUUUAGCCUACAUUUUGCUCAACGUUACCCUCUGCUGCUAGUUAAAAAGGGGUUAAUUAAUAACAGGCUACUUGAGAGGAUAAGUUUGUAACUUACCUGCCCGACUGCGGAAAAAAGAGAACGCCCAGCUGCACAGCAUCUCUCAAAUCGAGGUGAGGUGUGCGCUCUCUCUCUCGGACCGAUGCCGAGGCACCGCUGCCGUAGUGGGUGAGAACCAGUCGAACAGAAACGUUUGACAUCUCUGUCGGAGCCCCAAACAGACAAGGCUACCUCCCACUUGAUGACAGACAACAUUUAAGACAGACGGGGAUCCCCAACCAAUGAUGUAGAUGAGGAUGAUGAAGGUACAUAUGGAAGGCUGUGUGGGGAGGAAGAGCAACGCCUGAGUCUCCUCUCCUCCACUUUCAUCCACUCUGAGCCGUACCGUCUAAUUGGGUGGACGGAGCACAAUGUCAGCCCCGCAUCCCAAGAAGAUGCGCGGAAAGGAGAGGACUGAGGUCGUGGGUGACUUUGCACAGACAGCCAAUGAGGAGUUUCGGAACAAGCUGAUGGACCUCCAGAUAGAAAUGCAGCAGGAGAAGGGCAAGGUCUCUAAGCUGAGAGAGCGUCUCCAGGAGCAGAGGCAAGCCAGGGAGCUAGAACAACACAAACACACGGUGGUCCUCACCGACCUCCGCGCCAAACUGCACGAGGAGAAGCUCCGUGAGCUGGCCGCUGCCCGCGAGGUGUUGGCACGUCAACACGAGUUGGAGCUGGCGCGUACCAUUAAGAUCCGCGACGGGGAAGUGCACCGGCUGCAGGGGCUGGUCCACGCACUGAGGGACGGGGCUGCGGACAAGCUGAAGAGUGCCCUGCUAGGGGAGGCCCGGGAGGAGGCCAGGAGGGCCUUCGAUGGGGAGAGACUCAGACUACAGCAGGAGGUCCUGAAGCAGGAGACAGCACGGAAGCAGGUUGAGGAGGCUCUGUCUAACACGCUGCAGGCGGACAAGGCCAAAGCAGCCGACCUCCGAGCAGCCUACCAGCAGCACCAGGAUGAGAUCAAUCGCAUCAAGAGAGACUGCGAGAGAGACAUCCGCCGGGUGAUGGAUGAGCUGAAGGGGAAGGACCGUGUGGUGUCAGCGUUGGAGAGGGAGCUGGGGGUGCAGGCUGGUUAUGCCCAGAAGCUCCAGCUGCAGAAGGAGGCUCUGGAUGAGCAGCUGGGUCAUGUCAGGGAGGCAGAGAGGCAUCACAGCAGCCCCAAGAGAGAGGUGGUCCCUGCCCUGGGGGACACCUCUGACUACCUCAACAACCAGGAUGUGGAAGAUAUUCGGGAUGCGAGGAGGUCCCAGCUGAAGAUAGCUGAGCUCCACUCUGUUACCAGGAAGCUGGAGGACAGAAACACCCUGCUGGCAGAUGAGAGGAAUGAACUGAAGGAGAAUGUUCGCACUCGUUCCCAGCAGCCUCACCCCCAGCAGCUGAAGAGGCCUACCUCCCUGACAGACCUAAGUCAGGCCCACGAGGAACAGGAAGUAGAGUUCCUUAAGCUGCAGGUUGCCGAGCAACAAGGCAUCAUUGAUGAGCUCACGCAGGAAUGUGACAGACUGAUGCUCUGCAAAAAGACCCGGAGGAAACCCCUCAAGCUACCACCUAAAAGGCAUGUUGUGGAGACAUAUUUUGGAUUUGAUGAUGAGUCUGUGGACUCUGAGACGUCGUCUCUGACCUCUUAUAACACUGACCUCACAGACUGCACCCCUGCCACGCCCGAGGAGGACCUGGAGGACGGUGUCUCUCGUGAAGAGUCAGAGCUGCGCUUCAGACAACUGACCAGAGAGUACCAGGCUCUCCAGCGGGCCUACGCCCUCCUACAGGAACAGACUGGGGGGUCACAGGAUGCUGAGAGAGUGGCCAGGAACCGUGAGCAGCUGCAGGCGGAUCUGAUUGGGUGCCAGGCGAAGAUCGCCGACCUGGAGAAGGCAUUGGCUGAGAGGGGGCAGGACUCUAAGUGGGUGGAGGAGAAGCAGUACCUCAUCAGGACCAAUCAGGAACUCCACGACAAGAUGUGUGUGUUACAGCAAGCUGAGUGGAAGCUGCAGGCGGCGGUACAGGACUCGAGGGACCAGAAUGAGCUGCUGGAGUUCAGAGUGCUAGAGCUGGAAGAGAGGGAACACAGGCUUCCAGCCAUGGGAUUCCACAUGACUACCUUCUCAGAGAACAGCAACAGCGCUCUGCAGAUCUUCUGUCACCAGGAGGGAAUCAAGGACGUGGUUAUUCCAGAUCUGAUGAAGAAAUUGGAUAUCCUGGGAGAUAAUGGAAACUUGCGUAACGAGGAGCAGAUUGUUGUCAUCCAGGCUGGGACGGUUCUGUCAAUGUGUGAGAAGUGGUUAAAGCAGAUCGACAGCACAGAGGCAGCCUUGACCCAGAGGAUGAUUGACCUGGAGAAUGAGACGGACCAGUUCAGUAAGCAGAAGGGUUUCAUGGAGGAGGAGCUGGACUACAGGAAGCAGGCCCUGGAUCAGGCCUACAUGAGGAUCGCAGAGCUGGAGGCGACUCUGUAUAGCGCUCUGCAGCAGGAGCCGGGGGGGCGUGCGGUCGCAGAGUCUCUGUCGGACAGGCAGAGGGAGGAGCUGGGGCUCGCCGUGGACAAACUGCGGAGACAGAUACUCAGGCAGAGUCGCCAGUAUGACAGUCAGAUCUUACAGGAGCGCCUGAAGCUCCUACAGCAGGCCCAGCAGAGAAUAAGACAGUUGGAAGGCAUGAUUGACAUGCAAAAGAGACAAGUCAAGGAAAUUGAAGAAAAGCUUUUAUUAUUGGGCCUUAAUGACAGUGACACGGGCCGCCAUCAGGUGCUAAGGCGCUCAGGUGGAGAGUGAGGAAGAAACACACAUGUUUUUUUUUUAAUGCUUUUUUUUUUAGAUGGUUCACAAACCUUAUGGCUUUUUUUUGAUAAACAUGCACUUUUAACCUGGGAUGCAGAACAUAACAAAACCAUGACUUUGAAAAGUGAACAAAUCCCAGAGACAUAUAAAGAGAGGUAUAUCAGUGUUUUUUAAUAGAAAGGAAGUCUCGCCGACAGUUUCUGCAAGUGGAACAAUUAGCCAAACUCUAACGUGAGUUCUAAAAAGCAUAAACAUUGUGGCGGCAACACUGAAGCGGGUCAAUAAGGACAAC